CAGAUGGCAGGUGGAGACCAGAAACGGAUAAUCCAAUUAACUGGAUUUAAAAAAGAAGAGAAAAAGGCACUACUCAAAUGGCUGUUCAAACUGGACUGUGUUUUUUUAGAUAAUAAGAAAUACAGAAAUUGUACACAUCUUAUAGCAAAAAAGCUGUGCAAGAGUGAAAAGUUCUUAGCUGCCUGUGCUGCUGGAAAGUGGAUACUAACUAAGGAGUACAUAAUUAAUAGUGCCGAAAGUGGCAGAUGGCUUGAUGAAACAACGUACGAAUGGGGAUACGAAAUUGAAAAAGACACCCAUUAUUCACCUCAAAUGCAAUCUGCACCUAAAAGAUGGCGCAAAGAACUGACACGCUCUGGUGCUCGAGGGGCCUUCCACAGAUGGAAAGUUGUCCUCCCUGUUAACGAAGGUGAUAAACGAAUGACGUCUAUUAGAAGAGUUCUUCAAGCUGGAAAGGCAACCUUGUGUUCAUCUCAAAAUGUAGAGCGCAAUGUAACUCAUAUAUUCAUCAAUAGUACAUUUUUUCCUAUGCAAAACAAAAAAUGUCUGUCUGACGCUCAGUACUACCCUUUGCAAUAUAUAGGAGAUUACCUUCUCGAGAAUGAAGUACAAAAUACUGAAGAUAUCCAAAUGAACUGUUUCCUGGAUGCACAAGAAACAGACCAAAUCAUGUCUAACACGCAGCUUGCUGAAGUCAAAAAUGCUGUUAUAAAACAUAUGUUUUUUGCUGCGGCUGUUAAGCACAGAUUUGCUCAAAAAGACCAACUGAAUAAACGCAAUCCAGAGGUUAAAAAUACUGCCCUGCCCAGGGGCACAUGGUAUAUACUUGAAGGAUUAGUGGAAGAGUAUUUAUUUCCUGAUGUAAUCACAGAACUUGCUGCUGGUCAAAAGUACUCUACACCUCCUGUGGAACUUCUUCAUUCUCUUCUAGAAUGUGUCCUAUUGGGAAAUAUUGAUGCAGUAUUUUAUGCUAAACUUCAUCACAUUUUGUACCUUGUUCUCCAAUGUGAUCCUCCUUGGAAGUCCCCAUCUAUGUUGAAGUAUUAUCUGGAUCUUCUUCAGUGUCCAAUCUGUAAGAAAGGCACAUGGUCCUUGAUAGAGAUGCUUGUAAGCUCUUGCCUUUAUUGCAAAGCCAUUUGUCAUACAGUCCCAGAUUCAGGGAGAGGAGAUGAAGAGAAGAUAGUUCACAAAACAUUAUUGAAGUUUUUCUUUGAUAUAGUAAAAGCUGAAGUAGAGUUUCUUGCAAAAAGUUUGGUUGAAGGGUCCAAUUCACAGCAUCAGCAAGUCAUGCCACAGACAGUUCUUCUGAAGACCUUUUGGCUGGGAAGCGAAACCUCAGUGCUUUUUACCAAACACAUAAAUAUUCUAGCAGAUUGGGUCGUACUUUCUCACAGAGAACUGAACAGAAAAAAUGAUACUUUCAGAUGUGAAAUAGCGGGACUGUUAAAUGCAAUUCUUGGAACUGUAGUGGAAUAUUGGAUCAUCUCAAGUUUGCUUAUGGACAGAAAUGUGUUUCAUCAAAUAGCUGGUGAUUUGGCACAGUACAUUGCCAUUUCAUGUGAUG